AUGUUCUACCGUAACGCCCUCUUGCCGCGCUAUAGAAAGCUCGCCUUCUACUGGGCAACCCUGACCCGAAACCGCGAGCUCAUGGCCAUGAUCAUGGAGAAUAGCAAAAACUUUGCCGUGCGGGGGAGCAGCUCAGGCCCUGUAAUGUUCAGACCACCGGUACACCCUAUUUUCAUAGAUAGUACUAUCGAAACCCUGCUGGAGCUGGAUGCCCGGAAGCUCAUUGUCCAGGACGCAUUCGACCUGUGCACGCCGCUCCAUGAGGCGGCGCGGCAGGGGCAUCAUAGGCAUUUGGAGAUGAUGCUGGAGUCGAGCACGGAGUUGGAUGUUAAGGAUAUCCGUGGGUGGACGGCGCUCUUUCAUGCCAUCUGGGAGGGCCAUGUAGAUGUCAUGACGCGCUUGAUCGAGCAAGGUUGCAAGAUUGAUACUCAAGAUAAUGCUGGACUGGGGGUGCUUCAUCUAGCGGCAAUACAGAAGGACCCGAAUAUCGUUAGGGUCCUGCUUGACGCGGGGGCGGAUUGCAAUGUUGCAGAUUCGAGGGGAUGGACUCCGAUUGAGAUGAGGGAGUUUACGCAUGGGGAUUGUGACCCCAUAUCGAUGAUGAUCCUUAGACGGUUGAAACUAGAUUAUCGAAGCAGCUUAUCACAGACGGCUCUGCAUAUGGCGGUGCUUUUCCAAGAUGUGGAGAUGGCUACCCGGUUCCUGGAGCAAGGUUUGAAGAUUAAUGAUGCGGAUAUCCUUGGGUGCACGGCUCUGCACGAUGCUGUAAUAGUCGGUUAUAAAGAGAUGGUUGAUUUGUUGCUAUCAAGAGGAGCGGCGGUUGAUGUAAUGGAUUCGACGGGGAAAACACCACUUCAUUGUCUACUGGUUCAGUGGCCACGAGAUACGACUCGAAUUGCGUGGGCACUGCUGGACUGCGGCGCAGAUGUUAGAAUUAGGGACAAUGAUGGAAACACCGUUUUUGAUAACAUAGUCAACUUUGAGGUUUUCCAAUCAGACAGGGAAGAGCUGCUACUUCAGCGGUUGUUGGAAGGAAUGGAUAUCGACUUUAUCAGCAAGUAUGGCGGGUGCAAUCUACUCAAUAUAGCGGUGGAGUUUGGAAACGAAGACUGCAUCCGGGUUGUUCUGGAUAACGGCGCUGAUAUCAAUGAGUUUAACCAAGAAGGAGUGACUGUUUUGCACCAAGCUGUGUCCUUUGGAAAACCUGGAUCACUAAUCCAACUUCUUCUUGACCGAGGUGCAGACCCAAGUGGUACAACUCCCAGAGGGUAUACGUUUAUAGAUAUAGCAUUCCUCUUUAGUUACUUCACUACACCACUUCUGCACUUUGCUCUCGCCAAUCCCCACUUUAGGUCACGAUACAAAAAUCAAACAUACAUACAUCUCGCCGUCCGUGUACUUGACAUAAAACGAUUAGAAAUCUUCAUCACCCUUGGUGUCGACGUCAACGCCCAGGACAUCUGGGGGGUAACAGCACUUCACCUCGCAGUUAAGGAGUUGAGGCUAGACAUGAUCACUCUACUCAUUAACAGUGGUGCAGAUACUAAUAUCUGGGAUGUUGACGGCCUAACGCCACUGGCCGAUUUACUAAAGAUGGUAAACCCGGAAGACGUAUUGUUAAUGAUACCGUUGGAUCUAAUAAUGAUACUGGCAGAGGGUGUUGAUCUAGAAAUGCAGGAUAGAGAGGGGAACACGCUGCUAGAUAUAGCGAUGAAGUACAAACACUAUGCAGCAGCAAAAUUGUUGAUAUCCCUUGAUAGAGAAGGGUGCGUGUUUAUCGACGGGAUGGAUUAUUGUAACAAUACUGCUCGUAAAAGGAAGAGGGUUAGUGUAUAA